AUGAAACUCUGGUUAUGUGUUUUUCAGGUUUUGCUUUCCCUUCAGAAUAACGAAGCUCGUGUUCAUGGCUUGUACUCAAACAAGGGUAGCAGCCAGACAGCGAUGGAGAGUGCUAAAGAAGUGCUUAAGGCUAGCAUUGAGAGGCAGGUUGGACGGCAUCUUGAGUCGAAGCGAAGGAGUCCUGGUGGUCCUGAUCCAUGCCAUCAUUAG